AUGGCAUUCCAUCCUGAUGCGCUCGUGACACGGCAAGUUGCGACUAAUGCCACGACGCGAACAAACGAAGAAGAGACAGGAGCUCUUUGGCGAAGUUCGGCCGCCAAGUAUGAACAGAGGCGAUGGGCUGAGCAAACUGAGAAGGCACUGUACCAGGACGCAGCCUUCAAAAGGUACCAAGCGUCAAUUGAGAAGGCGCUGAGCAAGUUCGAGAGCGUUGCUGAGUGGGCGGACUUUAUUUCGUUUCUGACACGCCUGCUCAAGGCGCUUCAGAGCACCACGCAAUUCCAUGCCAUCCCAAACAAGCUGGUGGUCGCGAAGCGGCUCUCGCAGUGCCUGAACCCUGCGCUCCCGUCUGGUGUACACACGCGUGCGCUCGAAGUGUACACAAUGAUCUUCACGACGAUUGGCGUCGAUGGCUUACGUCGCGAUUUGCAAGUGUGGACGCCGGGUCUCUUGCCGUUUUUCCCUCAUGCCGCCACGUCUGUGCGUCCGCUUGUUCUAGACGUGUACGAGCGAUUCUACUUGCCACUGCAAUUCGACUUGCGCCCAAUGACGCGUGCUUUGCUUCUAUCGCUUCUUUCAGGACUCGAAGAAGAGUCCAGUGAGUGCUUCGACCGUGUCGUGGCGCUCCUUGACAAUAUCGCCGCAUCUGUAGGUUGGCCGUUCUUCCUCCAGACCAUGUGGAAGGUCGUUGUUACUUCGCCGAACGUGCGUCUUUGUGCGUUCAACUUUCUAGCGCGACGUAUGCCCAAGAUGGAGGCGGCAGACGCGCCGGCGCUCGAGGCCAUCGAUAUAACGCUGCUGGGCUCUGCACUAUCGCAUGCGCUAAGUGACAGCGCACUCCUCGUGCGUCGGCAAGCAUUGGAUUUUCUCAUCCAGCACAUGCCUCUGCAUGCGCGCAUGUUUGUACAGCUGCCUUCAAAAACGCAGCUGUUCGAUGCCGCCUUAGGAACAGUCCUAGGUCGCGAUAUUAGUUUGAAUCGACGUCUCUUCACAUGGCUCUUGGGCUCCGAGGAGUCGGACUCGGCCCAGCAGGCGUACUUUUCUGACCAUGCGCUUCCCCAUGUGGCACGCAUGGUAAUCCAUGCAAUGCGAAGUAAAGAGCAGGCUCAGCGAGCGUGCAAGAUUUACGUCUCACUCAUGGACAAGCGGUCCAUUGCACAGCCACUGCUGCGUGUGAGUGUGUUGGAUGUGUUUGACGCGUUCAUGUCCCAUGUGCAGGUAACACGGCAACACGAACUCUAUGCGACGGCACAAAUGCUUUUUGAGUCGUUGGACGAGUAUCUCCUUUACCAAGCUUUGUACCGUGGGAUCAGGGCACAGGUAGCUCAGUCGUGCCGAGGCGAUUCCGAAGAAGGUAAUAGCAAUGGUGGCAAAAACGGUGACGAUCAGCAUAGUGCGAAGAACGUUUGCGAACAUGGCACUGAGAACAAUGCCACUCCUACCGAGACGCUGCAUAUUGAUGCAGUUCGCCUGUGCAGGUAUAUACUGACUAUUUUCAAGCCACACGAGCAGGAGACGCUGCAUAUCCACCUGCCGGUCAUGGUGAUGGCUAUCAUGAGACUCGUCUUGGAUGACACUGUCCAGAAACGCAUUCCUGACGACUUGGCCCAUGCAUUACUCGAGGACGUGUAUGAAGUGGUCCAGCUGAUAGAUGCGCAUGCAUUCUGUCAAUGGACGCACGCACUCGAGCGUCUCGAACUGGACACAUCUGCGGAACAGUGGUUCUCUGCUACACCGCCAGAGCAUGCGCUGACGCUGCAAGAUGCUUCGAUGUGCACGGCCAUGAUUCAGGCGCUCCUACAAGUGGCCCUGUCGGAGUCGAAGCGGGCUUCGCAGCCUGAUGUUGCAGCCACCUGCUGGGCGAUCAUGGACGUCCUUGUUGAGCGACUGGAUGCGGCGCGAGAGAAUGUGCCUAGCAUGACCCCGAUCGAGCUCUCUGCCUCCAAAUGGGACGAACAUCUGUUUUCCCACGUCGCAUGUGCCUCGAACUUCGUAGACAUGCAUGCUGCCCUUCGCGCAGCAUUGCAUCUCUCUGCGAGUGAUGCGAUUCUCGGCACGUUUGCUUUUGCACAGCGACAAUAUUUUCAGUUGACCAUGGACAAGCUGCUUCCAUAUUUACAGCCAGACACGUUCCAGCAUCAUGCGGAAGCUGUUCAGACAUUUUGGGCUGCGAAAUCCCUGUGUCCCGAUGAUAAUGGCAGUGUGUACCUAUGCGCACAACUGUGCGGAAGCACGCCAUCUGCUCGUACGCGAGCGAUGCACGCUGUCGGUGCUUUGUGGCGUGCUGGUGGACAUGCCACAGCCGAAUUACAGGCGCCUGUCCUUUUGGUGCUUGAGCGACUAGGCUCACUAGAUGCGCUGGAAAGGCUUCAAAGCCAAACCUGGCUGCGGACAUACGUCCAUUCGUUCGACGCGCUCAUGCUGAUGCUCGUCGACCUCCUCGUGGAAGUACCGGCAGUUCGCGUUCCUGCAUCUGUGUCCACAGCCGGGCGAGUGAUCCUUGCCUACACGUACGCAAGGCCAUUCGAUCAUGCGUACAUCAACUACUAUCUGCAGAUGCUCCAAUGUCUCAUGGCCGGGGAGCAGGCAGGCGUCGUGGCCAGUGUGCAGCAAGUCAAGUACGCGUGGCGAGAGAACGUGUCGGCUGAUCAAUCGUAUGGAAUCCCGUCUGGUAUUGUGAUGGAUUUCCUCAAGGACUAUGUCUUUGUCUUGCUCCGCUCGUCGACGGGCAAUGACGAUCACGCGUUGACGAUGUCAUUGUGCCUAGACAUUCUACGCCUGCUCUUGCGAAUGGAGCCCCACACUAACUGGCAAAGUGACGUCGAAAGCUCGUUGAUCGACAUUCUCCUGCUAUGCAUCGAUGCACGCAACGCCCUGGGCCAAGUCAUGCUGCUGGACUUCCUUGCACACUUCUUGCUGCACUCAUCAGCUCCGCGCACAGACGAUUCCCGCGCCACAUACGCAGAUCUGGUGCGUCGAGGCUUGCUCGAUACGCCCGAUGAAAGUGUGUUGGUUGCUUGGGCCGACUUUGUACAGGCGAUCUGGCCCAUUACAAAGCACAGUAUGCAUGAGUUCUUGCUUCCUUUGUGCAGCACCGUAAAAGAUGUCCUGGUCCGAGCCGCGCACACGUAUCCAGCGCCCCGCGCUCGCUACCUCGCGCCCGAGACCUCAUUGCCCUUGGUGCGUGUGCCGGUGACCGAGGUGGAAAUGAAUCAGCUCAUCUCUGUGCUGGAGUCUGCCUUGACCUAUGCUUUCGAGUCCUUGGAGGCACAUGCGUCAUCUACAAAGCAGCGCAUCGAAGACACGUCCAGCAGCUUUCUCGGAAACAUAUCGAGCGUGUUCCAGAGUGAAAGUGGGCUGUCGUCAUCGACACACCCAUCAUCGGCGUCUGUGCCAUCGACGUGGCCAUCCUCUGUGCCCAUGUCCGCAUCACACAAUCCAAUGGUCCGUCAUACCGCUUCUGUUGUGCAGGCACUUGAGUAUGCGUGGCUCGUUUCACUCGAGUCAGCUUGUUUGCGCGAGACCUUCGCAUGCUGCACACGCACGCUAGAGCGUCUGUGUGCGACACGCACGGGCCCCACCCUCAAUGCUAUUAUCGAUCACUGGUCGCGAUGUGUUGGUGCGAGUCGAGACCCAUCAUCCGUACAUGAAUUGACCAUUAUCCUUCUUGAGAAGCUUGCGCCCAGUACGCAAAUCGUCUUUACGUCCGUGUGUGAGGCAAUUACUGCCAAGGUCCCCACGCAGGAUCGGAACAAGAAAGGCGCUAACACUAGUAGCGUCACCAGCAUCGGCUACAGCAGCAAUUCCCAAUCAGCUGGCGACUGGAUCGCUCACGAGUCAAUUCUUUUCGGUUUUCUCGACUUAUACGUAUCGAAACUCAGCAUCGUCGAGGCAGCACAAGUCUGGCCGAUCGCCGCCAUGCUCGCAAAGAGCAUCACAACGUCCGUCCACAAGACUGUUGUGUUCUCGACACUAGACGUGGUAACACAGAUCUGCUUAAAACUUGUCAAUACACGCGUCUUUGAAGAGCAGCGCUCACGUCGCGAUGCGCAGGAUCUGUUUGUGCGUCUGUGUGAACUGACACUGUCUUUGUAUGCACGCACGCUGGAUCCAUCAUCAUGGACGUCGGCGUCGGCUGGCACCGGACGUGACGGCGACGUUCCUUCGAUCGCCAGCGACAAGGACAAGGACGUGUCGGAUUCUGAGUCGACACCUACCACCUCCUCGCCGCCUAUUCCUGCAUUAUCAGCAUCACCCCCAAUGGUCGUCCAGUUCUUUAGCUCGUGCGUGCUGCCUGCAUUGAUGAUGCUAGGAAUCGAAAACGACAAGGUGCAGAGUCUAUCGGCAACUCUCGUCUACUACGUAGUCGCGCCUGGAUUCCGCGCACGGCAACGACUAUGGGAGCCCGAGGCCCCUGUGUUGGACUUGCUCAAGAGCCUUUGUCGUCUUCCAAACACAUCCAAAGCUUGGCGCACGUAUGUUCUUGACACUUUCCUCGAUGCCAAAUUCUUCUCACAGUCGCUAGACAUGGGCAAGCAUUGGGCACCAAUUGUAGCUUCGCUCUUUGAUUCAGAGCGAGAGCGACUGAACACUGACGUCAUAUCUCGUAUUACAACGUCUUCAUCCAAUUUGUUCACAAGUCGCGAGUCAGAUCUUCAUGCACGCAUCAUGGCAAUCCGCCGUUUGUCAUAUGUCAUUUAUACCUGCAAGACUAAUGCUUGUUUAGUGCAGCUUCCUCUCAUACAAGAGAAGGUCGUCGAUAUCCUGCGUUCCCAGCCCACUGACCUCGUCCAUGCGGAGGUAUACCUAUGCAUGCGCGUAUUACUGUGCCGCUUUGCGUCGCAACACCUCUCUGGUUUCUGGCCAAUCAUCCUUACGGAGAUUUUGAAGAUUCUGGGCCAGACGAAGGAAGACCUGCCUGCCGACAGGUCUGACAGGCUCCAACUGGUGUUCAGUGUGGCGAAACUCGCCGACUUGUUGAUUACGUUGCAGACGGAAGACUUCCAGAUUCAUCAGUGGCUUCUGAUUACCGACACACCUGAUGCGCCGAAACUCUCGGGCCACGCUAUGGCUGACUCACUUCUUGACUGCAUUGCCAACGUAGUCAAAAAUGCUGGGAAGAACACAACUCAUUUCGAUGUCAAUGACUUACUGGAGCGCGUUCGGCUCCGAAGGCCCAUGUUGCAAAACUCGCAAAUUAGCUCCAUAACCAGCUUGGAGCCGUUCUUUUUGACCGCGUCUCGUGCAUUUUAUCAGAACGAGUUCUGCGGCUCGCUCGACUGGAACAAUAUCAAUUCGUGUUUACUUUUGGAUCUAUUUGAACCUAUCCGAAUUGGCGUAUAG